AUGUCUAUAGAAAGUCUUCUGAAGAUCUUGUGUGCCCAUAAUGGAUCGAUGGAGUACGAGCGUCUUCUGGAUCUUUCUUACGGACUACCGGAGAUAACAGACCUGGAUCAGAUCAUCAUCAAGAGCUCCAUCUUCUCUGUGAUCCAGCACAGCGAUAGUAAAGAGGUCAUCGUGAAAAGUGCAGUGAAACUGUGCAAAAACAGCGAGUGUGACGGCUUGUGUCGAGAUCUACACCUGUGUAAAUAUUAUUUGAUGACCGGAAACUGUAAGAGUUGUAUAGUAAACCUGGUGGUGUGUGUGAAAUACAACAAAGGCGGUGGGCCGUACGGUAACUGUCCGGAUAAAGAGCAGUGCACCAGACUUCACGUGUGCGAGAGUUUCAUCAGAGGACGCUGUGAUGUCACAGACUGCAACAGAUCACAUGAUUUUCGCAGUCCUCAUGUGGUCAGAAUAUUGAGACGCAGAGGUGUGCCCGAUCAUCUGCUGUGUUCACUUAACUCCAUUUACCGCAAUAUAGUCACGUUGAAGAGUUACAGUGGCGAUACUCAUUUUAAGAACACAAAACAGCCUGUCGGACUGAAGAGAAAUAGUGAAGCAGUAAAGAGAAGCUCAGGAUGUGAAAUCUGCCUCUGUUUUGUCAAAGGCUACUGUAAAAACCGAGACUGCGGCAGAAUCCACUUUGAAAUGCCUUAUAAGUGGGAGGUUAGGGUGGGGGACACCUGGACUCUCUUACCCAACAAUGAGGAGAUUGAGCGAGAUUACUGCCGCCCAUCUAACAUCUACAGUUCAGGAGCUGAGCCUGUUUGUUUUGAGGAAAUGAUUCUGGGUCUGGAUGAGGUCCGGCGUCUCUCUACAGCACCCUCAGUUCUCUUUCCCAGUUUCAUCCUCACCACCACUUGGGUCUGGUACUGGAGAGAUGAGUACAAUCAAUGGAUCCAGUAUGCAUCAGUGAAAGAAAUGCACAGAUUGUCUUCAGUCAGCAGUGAGGACCUGGAGAAGAAAUAUCAGGAGUAUUUACAGCUCAAAAACCCUUCAGAUCAGGAUGCUGUUGUGAAGUUCAAAGCAGGCAAUCGGUUUUAUGAGCUGAAUUUUAAAGAUAUGGCACAAAGAAAUGAAGUAAGUGGAAGAGAGAGACCCAUCAGACGACGACCUGCCUUUAUCUCCUCCGUGGACGUCCAGAUCAUCAAAAACAGCCGGAGAAGCUCCUCGGCUAAGCCUCGCAUUUAUAAAGGGGUUCCUGGAUUUUGGGACAAAAGUGCAAUUCCUUACUGUGGAUUUCAGAAAGUCUGUCUCCAACCAUCUCACAGAGAUUACAUGAGAGUCCAGGAUAUGUUCGGUGAGACCAUGAGAGGUUUCACCAUCCGACAGAUUGAGCGGGUGCAAAACAGGGAACUCUGGGAAAACUUCAUCACCAAAAGAGAAGCAAUGAAAAAAGCAAACAAAGAGAGAUUUGGUGAACGCCUUUUGUUUCAAGCUACCAAAUUUUCCCUUGUUGAUCUUGUAUGUCAACGAAACUUUGAUAUUGAGAUGUCUGAUACCACAGUGUAUGGGAAAGGGAUUUAUUUCUCAAAGGACGCACAGUCAUGCCAUAUGAAGACAGAUGAAUGCGGAGCAAGCUUGAUGUUUGUGUGCAGGGUUUUACUCGGCCACUACACCAGAGGAGACUCUCGCUACCACCGCCCACCACCCAAAAAGACAGCAGGAGAUCAGUAUGACAGCUGUGUAGACAAUCUCCGUGAACCGUCUGUCUUUGUGUUGUUCGACAAGUCACAGAUCUACCCAGAGUUCCUUGUUACUUAUGAGCAGAAAAAAUUAUUCGAAGUGUCGGACAACCCUGUCACAUCUCUUACGUUGGGUGUUGCUCAUGUAAAUCUAAAAGAUGGUAGACAAAGCCCUGAACCCUCAGAUGUUGGACAAAACUUAAUCAGUGGAUUAUGUGGUGUAAGUCUUACAUCAACACCAGGUUCUGCUUCAGGGAAGACUUCACCCUCUUUAAGUUCCUCCAGAGAAACAGACUUGAUCUUACAUUCAACACUAGAUAAAGAUUUGAGCGUUCCAUCUAAGGUUCCUGUUUCGGAUGUUUCAAAAACCACUCUUAAACUAGUUCUGAGUACAAAAAGUUUAACACCACUUGAGUCUGGUGUCCAGCCCAUGCAUGUUGGAAAAUCCUCAGAAGAUUUAGAGCACCAGAACAUCUCAGUCCAUCAGUCCAUCAGCGGUUCUUCGUCUGAAAACAUCCAAGAAGUCCCUCAGAUAUGCAGUGAUUUUGUGUGUCAGCAUUCAGUGGAUCUCAGUGGACAGUUGGGAACCGAGUCAAGGGAUUUAGUGUCCACAGGGGUACAGUACUCAAAUAAUACUGUAAAACUGGACAUGUUGUCUCCUCCGGUCCACGUGAUGAGAACAUCGGUAGUCUCUUCAGCUCAGCGUUCCAGUGAAUCUGUGCCAGACUCUUCAUUGGUUUAUUCUCGUCGGACUGUUGAUCCACAGCUUUAUCAAAGAGAAAACUCUUCAGCAACAAGACAGAGAACAGUAGAGACUAUCAAAACCACUUCAAAGGAGAAACCAUGCACUGUUCAGUGAUUUCUCUGUCUAUUACGAAACAAAAUCUGCUGUAUUACCAACAAAUAACUGGUAUUAUUAAAUUCAAUAAAUCUGCAUAAAUAGAAUAACUGAUUGAAAGGUGAAAUGUCAAGAUAUCUUGUCCUUUCCAAAUUUAGAAGUUUUUGUUUAUCCAAAGUCUAACACUGAUCUGAUAGUGAAACAUACCUAGGGGUGUUUUUGUGUGAUUUUCUCUCUAAGAAGACACUUUUAGUAAUUUGGGAUGUUUCAUUAAACCUCACAUCAGUGGCGGCCGGUGACCUCUUUUUUCGAGGGCGCAUGAUGCGAAAUUCGUCAAAACAUGUAUGUAGUACGUCAUGUGUGUGAUUCGUAAUUUCAAAAUAUGUGUUCAGCGCGCCAAGUAAACCUAUGUGCUUCACGUGUCUUGUCAAAAUAAGUGCCUGCUGCAGAUGCAUCUAAAGGGUUUAUGAUAAAAGAGACUCUCGCGUUUGCAAGAUACUCGCAUAAUCUCAUGUGUAAUCACAGUUUACUUUUAAGGGAGUGUCUUUAGUAUUUUUUGAGCGUGAGUUUUUUUAUCAUAAACGGUUGACGCAUGUGCAGCAGGCAUUUAUUUUGACAAAACACGUGAUGCACAUAGUUCACAUGACGCAACAAACACAUAUUUUGAAAACACGAGCAAAACACAUGACACUCCGAACACAUGUUUUAAAUAUGCAUCCCUCGGAAGAGCAGUCACGACCGCCACUGCCUCACAUUAUUAUCUUCACAAUAAUACUCACAUCUGAUGCACAUUCUUUGUUUUUAUAACAUAUCAUGUGUUGUGGAUCAUUAAGUCUUGUGUUUUUAACAGUACAGUAUAUUAUGUCGCUAAGUGUUCUUGUGGUGUUUGUUUCUGUAUUGGUGUAUGAAUCGGUAGUAAAGUUUAUUUCUGAUCUGUGAUUGUGUGGUAUGUCGAACUUCAUUAUUACAGUUUUUCUCUGUCUCUUUGGAGCAUAUUAUGCGUGCAUUUCUCAGAACAAUUCGUACAAACUUUGUUGUCAAUAUACAUAAGCAUAUAUGUCAGUAUUAUUUUGAUGUAAACUGUGGACGUAUUCACAUUUUCAUAUUUUUUCUGUAAACAAAUUACACACAUUGGGAUUUUGAACAAAAAAAUCAUAUUUUACAGUACAAAUACAAAAUUAGAAAGGUUCACUGUACACUUUAAGAAAUGUCAAAUUUUCUGUACCUCAAAAUUUUAAGAUUCACUUGACAACAAUUUAUUAAUUCGGUUCACAUUUACAAAAGACUUACAAAAACGAUGGAAACACGCUCACACUAACAGAUUAUAACACAAAGAUCAAUAAUUUUGCAUGACAUGAUUUAUGCAAUAAACUAAUUCCUAAAUGUUUUGAGGUGUAAGACUAAUCAACAGAAAUCAGUAUAAUGUAUUUCGAUGACAAUUGAAAAUGUAGCAAACAGCAGACUAUUGUGUAUAAUCAACUGUAUAAUUGUAUCAAGCAUUUGCAAUUUGUCCAAAAAAAAAAAAGAGAAUUUGCUUUUAUAUUGUGCACAACUGACUUGAUGAUGUUGAAGAAAGUGUUUAGAAAAAUUAAUUUCUGAUCUGAGAAAUGCUCCAAAGUGACUAAGAAAAACUGCAACUCCUGUAGGUUUAGUAUUGUGCUAUUUAGGUUACUGUGAAUAAACUACAAACAAUUGUUAUUUGAAGUGUCAAUAUAUUUUUAAUCUUAGCAGGAGAACCGUCACAACGGUGUAACUUUUUUAUUGAUUGAAUAACGACAUUAAAUACAAAGAUAACAUUUUGCUCAAUACCACAUGAACAUGAGGUAUUAGUCACAUAUGUUACCAGUAAAUAAAGAAG